AUGGAUGCUUUCGUUAACUGGUUUCGCUCGCAAAACGGCUUCUUCGAUGCGGAUUCGAUGGAUCUCACCACAUUUUUUGGCCAUGGGAGGGGAGCAAUGGCACUGAGGGAUAUAUCCGAAGGGCACACGCUGUUCACCAUUCCUCGGGAGAUCACACUCUCGACGCGGACAUCCUCUCUACCCGGUCUUUUGGGCAGAGGCGCUUGGAAUGAGUUCGGGUUAGGACGUGGUUGGGUAGGACUAAUACUUUGCAUGAUGUGGGAAGAGUCACAGGGCUCUCAGUCCAAGUGGUCUGGAUAUAUGUCGUCUCUCCCAACAGCAUUUGAUACCCCCAUGUUUUGGAAUGACGGCGAUCUGCAGGAGCUGCAGGGCACUGCCGUGGUAGACAAAAUAGGAAGAGAUGAAGCAGAACGAGACUACCAUGAGAAAUUGAUACCCGCAAUCAAGAGCAGGGCAGAUCUCUUCCCCGCAGAGUCAAUAUCACAAUUCUAUACCCUAGAAAGGUAUCACAUCAUGGGCAGCCUCAUUCUCUCAAGAAGUUUUCACGUAGAAAGGUGGAACAGCGUGGGCGACGAGGAGGAUGCCGCGCAUGAAAAUGAGCAAAAGUAUCAUGCCAACUCCAUGGACGUCGACGACGAGGCUCAAUCAAUUGCGGUGGAUCAAGACACUCUUUUAGGCGGCGAAGACGACGUUGUCGAGGACACUCUUGCCGACCAGGAAGCCGAUGAAGAAGACGUCGAGAAUUCUGCAGAUGUGGCUAUGGUCCCGAUGGCCGAUCUUCUGAACGCCCGAUUCGAGUCAGAGAAUGCAAAGCUGUUCUACGAAGAGCGAGAUCUCAAGAUGGUGACUACCAGGCCUAUUAAGGUGGGGGAGCAGAUUUGGAACACUUACGGCGACCCUCCAAAUUCUGACCUUCUGCGCCGGUAUGGUCAUGUCGAUCUCGUUCCUCUUCGGCAACCUCUAACGGGCGAAGGUAACCCUGGAGAUAUCGUAGAGAUCCGCGCGGACCUUGUUGUGUCCGUUGCCUCACAGACUGUUGCGGAGGAUCUGCAAGCGCGCGUAGACUGGUGGCUUGAGGAGGCCGACGACGACACCUUCGUAAUUCUCACUGAUUGUCAACUUCCGAACGAGCUUGUUUCCUUCGUCCGGCUACUGUUCUUGUCCCAACAAGAAUGGGAGAAGACAAGGGCCAAAAGCAAGUUACCGAAACCUAAAGUUGAUUCCGUGGUGCUCUCCGUUGUGAUGCAAGUGCUCGAGCGACGCCUACGCGAGUAUCCGACGACAAUUGAAGUCGACGAGGCUUUACUCGCCCCAGGGACUGUCGAUAGUCUCUCGCUGAAUAAAAAACAUGCUGUAAUCGUUCGGCUCGGAGAAAAGCGCAUUCUCUGCGGUACGUUACAAGAGACGAGAAAAUUGCACGAACAAAUGUCCCCCGCUACGCAAGGUAACAGAGACAAAAAGAGGGCCCGCGAAAAUAAUACUGAAAGCGGACGGGGAAAGAGGGCGAAGCGAUGA